UGCGAGGGGGGGUCAACUGCUUGUGUUUCCCGUGACAUCACCACACCAGUAGCUGUAUUGCAGAGACCCCGGAGCGCGACAGCUAAUGGCGAAGGGAUUCAUGUGUUGAAGACUACUGAUGAAUUGAAGAAGGUUGACGACCACAGACGACAGCGAUACACGGAUCGGGCCGGUCUUCGGAAAUGCAGUGUGGGAGCAAAAUCAUCACUGCAAUGGAUGAAGUUGCAAGUUCUCAGUCUCCAGUGACUUAUGAAUCUGAAACCCACCAUGAAAACAUGGAGAGCAGUUCUCCUGCGUCUAUUCUGGAUGAUAAAGACGAUCAUAUUGGUGAAGAUGCUAUUAAAGUAGUUAGACCUACAAGUAAAGAAUUCAAGAAGACUUGGGGUUUCCGCAAGACUACAAUAGCUAAGCGUGAAGGAGCAGGGGACACAGAUAUGGAAGCAACAGAAACUACGCCGCUUAGGCGUAGUGGCAGACAGCCAAAGCGUACAGAGAGAGUAGAAGAGUUUCUGACAACAGUCAGAAGAAAUAGGGGGCGAAAAAGUACAACUGUAGAGGAUGCAAGUGACCGAUCAUGUCCAGUAACAGAUGCAGAAACUGCCUCAGAAGGUAGUGUGGAGAGUACGUCUGAAGCAAAGUUAGAUAAUAAAAACAUGGACUUGAAAGGGGAUCUUGACAUGGUAUGUAAAACUGAGCCAAAAAAUGAGGAGGAUGAUAGCUCAGAUAGUGAUGGGAUGACUUUGAAAGAGCUGCAAAAUCGGUUGAGGAGCAAGCGCUUUGAAAAUGUAGUUGAAACCAUUAAUGAGCAGGCAGGCAGUUGCCUCAAGGAGGAGUCUCUCGGUUCUCCAGAGAGUUCUGUGCAUCAACAGGGAGUUCAAAUUUCUCCAGUAAAGCAGGAAGUACAAAGCCCCCCACCAACUGAAGAUGGGAAGCCAGAGUUUGUCUUAAAAAGCAGGCCUGAGAGUGAAGUAUAUGAUCCAAGUACUCUUUAUUGCAUCUGCCAUCAACCUCACAACAACAGGUUUAUGAUUUGCUGUGACAGAUGUGAGGAAUGGUUUCAUGGAGACUGUGUAGGAAUUUCUGAGGUCCGUGGCCAGUUGUUAGAAAGGAAUGGGGAGGAUUAUAUUUGCCCAAACUGCACCAUCUUGAAAACACAGGAUGAAGGUGCCACAUAUAGUGGGCAAACCGAACAAACACCUGGAGAAAAAACAACUUUUAACAUAGACCACAAAAGUGUUUGCAAUGUGGAACAGCAGUCCAUAGAUGAUCAAGGCAUAAAAGGCAGGAUUGAAAAAGCUGCUCACCCCAGCGGGAAGAAGAAAUUGAAGAUAUUUCAUCCUGUACUGGAGUCUCCUGAGGUCUCAAGAUGUAUUGGCCCUGGGUGCUCAAAUCUGGCACUGCCUGACUCUGUUUAUUGCAGCCAUGACUGUAUCUUGAAACAUGCCGCAGCUGCUAUGAAAUCCCUUAAUUCGGGAAAAGAAACAAAACUGAAGGAAAGGGUGAAGGUAAAAACAGAGAAGAAAAGUCCUCCCAAGCCCCAGGCUUCCCCAAAACUACCUGAGCAGAAAAUAAUCCUACCUGACAAGAGAGAACCUCUCAUGAAGAAGGUUUUGAUCAUGAUCCCAAGAAUGGAAACAAAAGGCAUAUUCGAACAGAAGGUUGAGAGCGGUAGCGCACCUUCCUGGGAGAGCGACCAUAAUUACAUUGCUGUAAAGACAGAAAAGACUGCUGCCAUUUCAUCCACACUAUUUUACAAAUCUGAGAAAGUAGAUGAUAAUGAAAGUAAAAAAAACGAAGCUCCUCAGCCAGUCAAAAAAGCGCCUCCUUCACCAUCCUCCUCUGUAAUGAUUAAGUCCAUCUCAUCCCUUCCGAGAAUUCCCAUGUUGAAAAAGACUUUGACUUCAAUACCCACUUCAUCUUCAACACCCACUUCAUCUUCAACACCCACUACAAAGUCAGCAAAGCCAACAUAUGUUGGUGAGAAAAAGCCAGGACUUAGUAAAAAAAUGCCUGAGCCUGCGACUUCUGCUACCACUAAAGGUUUACCACCGAUUCCCAAAAAAUCACUAUCUGCUACAGCAGUGCCUGAUGUGAAAAAGACUCCCCCUUUCAGUUUGUUGCAUGUGCACAAAAAACAGGCUUUAACCUCCCCAGCAAGCACCAGUUCUACACCAGUGGCUAACACCCAGUCCAAGGCAGCUACCAACUCUGGACAGCCUAUGCCUAACACUCAGAUUCGACAAAAUAUUAGACGCUCUUUGAAGGAAAUUUUAUGGAAAAGAGUCACUGAUAGUGAUGAUCUGGCUAUGCCUGAAAAUGAGGUUGCAAGAAUUGCAACAAGUAUUGAAAAAGAAAUGUUCAAUUUAUUUCGGGAUACAGACAGCCGGUAUAAAAGCAAGUACCGUAACAUCAUGUUUAACCUCAAGGAUCCAAAAAAUCAGGGGCUCUUCCAUCGUGUUCUACGUGAAGAAAUUUCAUUACAGAAGCUGGUACGUCUAAAACCUGAGGAGCUGUUAUCCAAAAAAUUGUCUUCUUGGAAAGAAACUGUGUCCAAACCUAAUUUGAGCUUGAAAAAUAAAACUCGAUUUGAAAAUAAGGCUUCAGCAAAGCAAAUAGAAAUAGACAUGGAAGAGUCUCCUCCCAUGUCUGACACCGAUACGGAACAACAGGAGACGGUAAAAGCUGCAGCACCAGAAAAAAGCAGUUCUGUCCUUCCAGAUAUUUUCAGCAGCAUGUUAAAUGACACCACAAGUCAACAUCGUGCACAUCUUUUUGAUCUCAACUGCAAAAUAUGUACAGGUCAGAUGUCAGCUGAUGAUGAGCCCCCAUACAAACGUCAGAAAACAUUGGCUGGAACUUUAAAGAAGACUGAACCAAAAUUAAAGACAGAACUGAAAGUGGAGAGCUGUGAACUAGCUCCUCCCUCUACAGCAGAUGAAUCUGCCACACCUAUGGAUAUCAGUGAGAAGUCUGAAUUGGUUACUACUGAGUCAGCUCCCGAGCGCAUGACCAUUCCUUCUGCUUCCCCUGUCCAUUCUGAGUCGCCUGUAGCUAUUCAGGCAUCUUCAGCCACCAUGAUGACCACAGUCACAGUUUCUGGCAGAGACCCAAGGACAGCAGUUAAAAGACCUACUACAAUGUCAUCUAAUCCAAAUACAACCCCAAGAACUGCGCGGGACAAUGAUGAAACACCUGUCUUCACUGUGCCCAAGUCUAUAUUAACAAAGCCAAUCCCUUCACCCGACACCAGAUAUUUAACAUCACCAAACAUCAACUUGCCUGAGAGAGCCUCUCAAGAUGGGGAUACAUCACUCUUUCUUUCUCGUCAGAGUCCUAUAUGGAAAGGAUUCAUUAAUAUGCAGUCUGUUGCCAAGUUUGUGACAAAAGCAUACCCAGUCUCUGGGUCUGUGGAAUAUUUAAAUGAGGAUUUACCAGACACAAUUCAUAUAGGCGGAAGGAUUUCUCCAAAGACUGUUUGGGAUUAUAUUGGAAAACUCAAAUCCUCUCUUUCAAAGGAUCUCUCACUUAUCCGAUUUCACCCUGCUACAGAAGAGGAGGAAGUGGCGUAUAUAUCUCUUUAUUCUUAUUUCAGUAGCCGUGGUCGUUUUGGAGUUGUAGCCAACAAUAAUCGCCAUAUCAAGGACCUUUAUUUGAUCCCUUUAAGCGCCAAAGAUCCAAUUCCAUCGAAACUAUUGCCUUUUGAUGGACCAGGUCUGGAACCAGCACGCCCAAACUUAAUCUUAGGAUUAGUAAUUUGUCAAAGAAACAAACGUCCAGCUAUUAAUGAUAUGGAAAAAUUUGAAGACAAGAAAGCCAAAGGACCAAUACAGGAGGAAAUGGACAUCUUAAACUUGCCUAAAGUACCUACAAUUUAUCAAGUAGAGAAGAAGGUUCAAAAAUUGUCAAAUGAGACUGUAAAAAGUACAACUCCACCAGGCUCACCACCACCUAUUACAGAGCCAGUUUCAAAAGUUGGAGCUCCUGAAGUAUCCGUGUCAUCCGAAAAAACAGAGUGUGUUAAACCAGGCAUCAGUGGAUCUGAUCUAUCUUCAUCAUCCACAGCUGAUACAGUUUCAGUCUCUACAACUUCUUCAAUUACAUCUACACCAUUGGAGCAUAUUCUUAAGACACUUUUUGGAAAAGCAGCAGAAAGCAAAAAAGAAAGUUCCAAACUGGAGAAUGAAGAACCUACUUCAGAUAAAAACAUUGUAGGUAUUCCUUUAAUAGACCCAAUAAUCCAACAAUUUGGUCAGUUGUCUAAAGAGAAACCUUUUGAAGAAGAUGACGAUAGGCCAUAUGACCCAGAAGAAGAAUAUGAUCCAGAAAAAGCUUUUGAUACCAGUCUUAUCACUUGUGAUGAAAAACCUUAUGAACCUGAACAACCUUGUGAAAAUUUAGAGGAAGAGGCUUAUGACCCUGAAGAUGAAACUAUAUUAGAAGAAGCAAAAGUAACAAUUGAUGACCUACCUAAUAAAAUGUUGCCAGCUAGUAAAAUUAAAUCCAUGGAAGUAUCUGAAGGUUACAUGACAAAUAUUUCUGACUCAUCUCUAGUUGAACAGCAAAAAAUGUUGGAUGAAUUAAAUAAGCAAAUAGAAGAGCAAAAAAGACAACUGGAGGAACAAGAAGAGGCUCUCAGGCAGCAAAGGGCAGCUGUGGGUGUUUCUAUGGCCCACUUUUCAGUAUCUGAUGCCUUGAUGUCACCACCACCAAAAGCAUCUAUAGUAAAAACAGAAUUAUUUCAAAGAGACCUUUCAGUUUCUGCAUCCUCAGACCAAAUUAUAUUUCCAAACCGUGAUCCAAGGCAAGCUAGAGAUCCUCGCAUUGCAACAUCAAAAAUAGUACAUUCUGACAAUGAAGAGACCUCUGCUAUUCAGUUACAGGUUGAAAAACCAAGUUCAUCUACUGAAAGCAAUCAGGAAGUUGUGCACAAGUCUAUUGCCAUUAAAGAGACUGAUGUAAAGACUGCAGUUCCUACAGAGGAAAGCAAAACUAGCAAUACUCAUGUAAAUGAGAGGGUAUCAGAAAACCUUGUGACAGAUCAGAAGCCUGAAAACAAAUCUUGGUUGAAUCAGCUGGAUUCCACAAAUUCUGCAAUCUCUGACAGUUCUAUAACUGAAACAAAUGCUUUUGUUAAAGUACUGCUAACAUCUCCAGGAGUUUCACAUUUACAACAAAGUAGCACUCCAGAGGAGAAAAUAUGUGAAAACCAAAGUCUUUCUAGCUCAGACACAGCUCCUUGGAAAAAAGAAUCUCAAAAACUCGACAGUGAGAUGACAAAGUUUACUGACCAGACCACAGAACAACAUGAAACAUCUUCAGGGUCGUUUAACAGCCAAACACGACCUAUGUUUACAGAAACCACUCAACCAAUUUGUUUUCAAGGGGGAAAUGAAAGUCCUCUAUUACAGGAUGAGGGUCCUCCAUUCUCAACAUGUACUACAGGUGGUCCUCCAAUAAAAUUUGAAAAUGAAAGUGAAAGUCCACCAUUCUUUGAACCAAGACCAAUACCUAGCCUUCAUUCAACAAGAGCCCCCUUAGCUUUUUCUGAUGACAAAUUCCCUCCUAAUAUGGAAUUUCCUCCUAAUAUGGAGGGACAAAGAAGACUACAGGCUGAUAGAAUUGGGGAGCAGACAGGUCCCAACUCUUUCUUACCAGGACAUUAUGGGCCGCCUCCUCCAUUUGGUGACAGAGGCCCUCCUUCCUUUAUAGCUCAGAGAAUACAGUCACCUCCUAGGUUUGAUAAACAAAGUUGCCCACCUUUGGACUUUCCAGAUUCAAAUUUUGGUGGUAUGAAUGAUAGUCCACCUUGGUUUGAUGGUCCAAGAGGGCCGGUACCAGCUCACUUCAUUGGAAACAGAGGACAACCUUUUCAGUUUGAUGGCCCAAGAAGACCACCACCACCACCACCACCUCCUCCUUUUAAAGGUCAUAGAGGUGGGCCACUGCAAGGUCAGUUUGGAGGGCCUAGAGGACCAGGACCUAGCCAUUUUGUAGGUCCUAGAAUACCCUAUCCAAAUGACUUUGAUAGUGUAAGAUGUCCAAUGCCAGGCAACUUUUUAGGUUCACAAGGUCCACCCCCACCACAUUUUGAGCCCCAAAGAAUAAGCCCUCCCCCUAUGUUAAGUAACCAACGAGGUUUAGCUCCCCAUCAGUUUGGAGGGCAACAUGGACCUGCACCACUUAGAUUUUCUGAACCUCCACAAAGUAUGAAACCUCGCCCUCUUCUUGAAAUUCCAAGUCUUCUUCCUCCACAUAGAUUUGAAGGAAGAGAUAAAGGAGUACCACCAAGCUCUAUUCAGAAUUAUUCAGAUCAGAGACUAGAUCAGGAGCAACCUUGGGAUUCAAGUGAAUUCCGACAAAACAAGGACCACCGAAACCAUGGAUUUGAAGGGAAACCUAGAGAACGCUAUGAAGGGCGUAAUGAGAAAUUUGAUCAUCCUGAACCACACUCUUCUGAUCAUUUACAAAACAGAGUAUUUGAUGAAAGGAGGAGAGAGCGAGAUUUUGAUGGCCCAUGGGAUAGAGAGAGAAGCAGAAAUUGGAAUAGAGAGAGAGAGAGGAAUUGGGAGAGAAGUAGAGACUGGGAACGUCAAAGACAAAAAGAUCAAAGUCGUGAGUGGGAUAAAACUAGAGAUAGAGACUCUAAUAAAGAAAAAGAUUUUGAAAAAAGAGAAUGGGAGAAAAAUAGAGAUCGUGACAGAGCCAAAGAGACUGAAAGAGAUAGGGAUAGGGAUAGAGAAAGGGAAAGAGAGCCUGAACGGGACAGGGAUAGAGAGCGUGAACGGGAAAAAGAGAGAGAUAAAGAACGAGACAGGGACAAAGAUCAAGAGAGAGAAAGAGACAAAGAGCGGGAGAGAGAAAGGAACAAAGAGCGGGAGAGAGAAAGGGACAAAGAGCGGGAGAGAGAAAGGGACAAAGAGCGGGAGAGAGAAAGGGACAAAGAGCGGGAGAGAGAAAGGCACAAAGAGCGGGAGAGAGAAAGGGACAAAGAGAGAGAGAGAGAAAGGGACAAAGAGCGAGACAGGGGAAGGGAUAGGGACAGGGAUAGAGACAGAAAUCGGGAUAGAGAGUCUUAUAAGCGGCGAGAUAGAGACCGUUCAAGAAGCAGAGAUUGUGAUAGGGAAAGAGACAAAGACCGUGAGAGGGACAGAAAUCGUGAUCGAACAAGAGAGCGAGACAGAGCUAAAGACCAAUCAGACAGAAGUAAAAGCAAAGAAAGCAACAGAGACUCUAAACCUGAUAGACCUAAAGAAUCUUCUAAAUCUGCUUCAGAAGAUUCUGCUCCAUCAAAUAAAACAUAACACAAGUGUUGCUUUAUAACAGACUUUUUACAAGAAAGAAAAUGUUUUGAACUGUAUGUAUCUCUGUGUGUAUAUUUAUAUAUAGAUAUGUAUAUAUAUAUAUAUUUUUUUAUUUUACAUAAAUAAUCCCUUGUAAAUUAAACCCCAGACAAUAUUUUUCCCCACAAAACAAAAAUGGACUAUCACAAAUGUGGUAUAUGUGUAUAUAUUUGUUCACAGUUCAAUUAAAAUCAUAUGUUGAUUUAUCCAGUGCUCCUUUUAAUGACCACUUUUCAGGGCUUUUUAUUUUUUAUAGCUAGGCCUGCUAUUAUAAGUUUCAAUUUGUAAACUGAUAACAGAAUGUGUGCGGAAGGUAUAUUGUUUUUGUGGUGUUGUUUUUUUGGCGGAGGGUCUCUUUUCUGGGGUGAAAAAUGAAGAUGAUUUCAGACCAAUAAGACCACAUAAUAAAAAUAAUUUUCACCAGUAUGUUGUAUAUUUUUUAUUUUGUGAAAGGAAGUUUGUAGGAUUUAAUUACAAGGAUCACUCGAUAUACUUUGACAAAGAUGAUGUAAGUCAAUAUGAAUGAACUAAAAUGAUCAUAAGUUGAUUAUAAAUUCAAUUAUAAAAGUGGCACAUUUUCUAAUAAAUUGAAACUGGUUUAGUGUUUAAAAGGAUGGUCCUUUUAAUAUGACAUACACUAAACUAAAAUAUUAUUAUAAUGGUGGGCCUAAUGCAAACAAUUUUCUAAAUAUUAAUAUAAUAUCAGAGAAGAUAUUCAAUACUGUUUGAAAAAUCAAGUGUUAAGGGUUACUUGAUGUUUCUGUAAAUUGUGUUUUAUAUUGAAAAAUAUCACUGUAAAAUUUGUUUUUGUAAGUAGAAUAAAAAUCUACACCAGUCAUACCAAA